AUGGUCUCCCAGAUCGUGUCUACGUUCUCGAAAUUCCCGUCAUGGGUUCCUCGAUCAUCUGCCGUCGUUAACACCCUAGUGUUGGCCACAUCGUUCAGCACGGCUGCAGUCCUGGGCUACGAUGCAUCCAUGAUGAACGCCUUGAACAUCCUACCUUCAUACACCGACUACUUCCAUCUCAGCGCCGCCACUCUCGGACUGAACUCAGGCAUCGUUUGGAUCGGCGCCAUCGUCGGCCCCAUAUGCUUGGUCAAAGUGCCCGAUGUCAUCGGUCGCAAGCCGGCAAUAUUCUACUGUGCUCUGGUGGCCAUGUUGGGUAGCGGGCUGCAGGCCGCUUCGCAGAAUAUUGCGAUGUUUUUGGUCGCACGAUUCAUACUGGGACUCGGGAUUGGAGGGACAUACGUUUCGGCGCCGCUGCUCAUCGCUGAGGUCUUGCCCCUGAAAUACCGAUCCAUUGGUUUGGGAGCGUUCACGGACUUGUACUAUGUUGGUGGCUUGCUUUCUGCUGGAAUUACGUACGGCACGGCGCAGAUGAACUCGACUUGGGCAUGGCGCCUGCCUUCUCUUUUGCAGAUCUUCUUCACGCUCAUCUCGGUCAUGUGCCUCCCGUGGGUGCCAGAAUCUCCUCGAUUCCUAGCCCAUCAAGGCCGGCAGGACGAGGCUCUCCUCGCCGUGGCCCAAAGCUGUUCCAACUCCGACACCUCCGCUCCAGAGGCUCAGGCGCAGCUUCUCCAGAUCUGUCAAGCUCUCGAGCUGGAGAAACACGUCGAAGCGCCGUCCCUCAAGCAGAUCGUCACCACACCCGCGCUCCGCAAACGCAUGAUCAUCGUCUGGACCGUCGCCGCGUUCUCCAUGCUGACAGGCUCCAACCUCUUCUCCUACUACCUCGGCACCGCCCUCACCAACGCCGGCAUCACCAACUCCACCACCCAGCUCGAGAUCAACAUCAUCCUCAACUCCCUCUGCCUCGUCAUCUCCAUCGCCGGCACCUUCCUCGCCAACCGCCUCGGCCGCAAACUCCUCGCCAUCGCCUCCACAGUCGGAUGCAUGGUCUUCCUCUUCUGCAUCGGCGCCCUGACCAAGUACUACGGCACCUCGACCAACACGUCCGCCAUCUACGCCACGGUCGCCAUGAUCUUCCUCGCGCAGGGUAGCUACAGCUUCGGCUGGACCCCGCUCGCGGUCAUGUACCCGCCGGAGGUUCUGAACUACUCCAUCCGCGGGAUUGGAAUGACGUGGUUCAUCGUGACGCAGAACUCGAUCCUGCUGAUUCCCAUCUUCGCCUUUCCCGUGGCUAUGGAGAAGAUUGGGUGGAUCACCUACGUGUUGAAUGGAGGCUUUGAUGUCCUGGUGAUUGUUGUCGUGGCGUGGUACUGGGUGGAGACGAGGAAUUUGUCGCUGGAGGAGGUGUCGGGGUUGUUUGAGCCGACGGUUGGCGAGAAGCUUGUUGGUGUUGAAGAGGCGAUGCGAGAGGCGGGCGCGGAGGGGGUGGAAGUACUUGAGUUGAGGGACAAGAAGGUUGCUGAAGCCCAGGUGGUCACUGUGAAAGGGUCUGAGAAUGCAUAG